AUGUGGAGCUGGGUGGUUUUCCCUGUGGCUGUCCUGCUGUCCUCAGUGAACCAGGCACGAGCACAGGGGCGGUGUAAUAACGUGCGAGCAGCGGACAUCGUAUUCCUGGUUGAUGGAUCAUCCAGCAUUGGCAGAGCUAACUUCGUGCAGGUGAAGGGCUUCAUGGCUGGCAUCGUAAAACCUUUUGCCAGCUCUGUCAGCCAGUCAGGGAUAAGGUUCGGGGCUGUACAGUACAGCGAUACCUCCAGAGUUGAGUUCACCUUUACCACCUACCUGAAUGGCACAGAGCUGGUCAGCGCAAUAGAGGGCCUCAACUACAAGGGAGGAAACACUCGCACUGGCGCUGGACUCAAGUUUGUUGCUGACAACUUCUUCAACCCCACGUCCAGUCGAGAUGUUCCAAAGAUCACCAUACUGAUCACAGAUGGGAAGUCACAGGACAAUGUACUGGAGCCAGCACAGAAACUGCGUGGUCAGGGAGUGAAGGUUUUCGCAGUUGGUAUAAAAAGUGCAGACCGCAACGAACUGGUUCAGAUAGCCACCCAACCUAGCAGUGAUUUCACUUCCUUCGUUGGGGACUUCAAACUGCUCAACACCCUCCUUCCUCUUGUGAGCCCUCGAGUUUGUUCCACCUCAGGAGGAGUCUAUGCUAAUGAUGAGGCCUUCUCCGGCCCGUCCAAUAUCCAGUUCACUGCUCAGACCUCCGAUUCACUCCGGUUUCGCUGGAGCCCCGCUGGAGGGCCGGUGAGCGGCUAUGUGGUCCAGUACACACCGCUCUCCGGCCUCGGCCAGCCCAUCACAGCAGAACUACGCCAGGAGACAGUGGCUGUGGGUCAGAGGACCUUCACAGCCCGGGAGCUGAGGUCAGGGACCGACUACCUGGUGACGAUCAUCGCCCAAUACCCAAACAGUGUAGGAGAGUCUGUCUCUGCCAAGCAACGAACCAGAUCUUUGCCCGGGGUGUCCAGCCUGCGUCUAAUCCAGGCAGGCUUCUUCUCUCUGUCCGUAGCCUGGGACCGGCCAUCAUCUACCUUCCAGGGCUACAGAUUCACCUAUGGGCCACGAGGUCAGCCGGCGGCCCAGCUAAUGGAGCAGUCUCUGGCUGCCGACUCCACAUCCGUCACUUUGGAGGCCCUGCAGCCUGACACCGAGUACGUCAUCAGCCUCUACCCGCUGUUCCCACGCAACUCCGCCUCCCCCUCCACCCUCACCGCCCGCACCUUGCGUCUUGAGGCAGUGCAGCAGUUGGCGGUGCAGACGGAGUCAGAAGGAAGUGUUGGUAUUCGAUGGAGAGGGGUCAGCGGGGCCCGUGCCUACCGUUUGGUCUGGGGGCCUUUUACAGGUCGGGACGUUGACACGGUGGAGGUGGCGGGGAACCGUGAGUCCUACACUUUGUCCAGCCUGCAGACUGACACCGAGUACAUUGUGACCGUCAUCCCCCUCUACGAGGGCAACACCGAGGGCCCGGUGGCUACAGCCAGAUUCAAAAUAGAGCGUCAGGAGCAGCAGGUCCUUCGGGCAGCGACUACGGGUCCCUCCUCCAUCCGCCUCACCUGGAACCUCAUCCAGCUCUCCAGAGGGUACCGCCUGGAGUGGAGGCAGGGGAAAGGGGGUCGUGUGCAGAGCCAGUCCUUCCCCUCGAGCACCACCAGCUACGAGCUGUCAGGCCUUCAGCCCAGCACAGAAUACAUCAUCACCCUUUACACGCUGUAUGAAGGCCGUGAGGAGGCCACUCCUGUCUCCACCACAUCUGCAGUGGAGCAGCCGGUGGGGAGGGUGUCCAACCUGAGAGUAGUGGAGUACCUGGGCAGCAUCGUCAGACUAGGGUGGACGGGGGUGGCGGGGGCCACGCAGUACCGCAUCGCCAUCCUCAACACAGACGUGGGGACGGAGGAAACUCGUAGCAUCCCUGGUAACCAGACGACCUUUGACCUCAGAGACCUGACGGAGGGUGUGUCCUAUGGUGUCAGUGUGACCGCAGUGGUCGGAGACAAUGCUGGAGACCAGGUCACUGUCUACAUCAAACCAGAGCAAAGCAGAAGAGUAACUAACCUCAGAGUGACGAAUGUCAAUACCAAGAGGAUUCGGAUAGCCUGGACCGGCGUUGCCGGGGCAACAGCAUACCAAGUUACAUGGAGGCAAGGCAGCGGAGCAGAGCAGUCCCGCCGUCUGGAGCCUUCAGCCUCGACCUUCACCAUCGAGGCUCUGCAGCCAGACGAGGCCCUGAUGAUUGGCGUUGCAGCUGAGGUGGAUCGACGUUUUGGGGAGGUAGUCACGAUCUCUGCCAGGACUAAUCCUCACUCAACAUCUAUCCUUGGCCUUCGCGUCGUUGAUAUCACAUCUCAGAGGAUACGGAUCUCAUGGUCAUCCACCGCACGGGCAACAGGAUACAGGGUUACUUGGCGUCGUGAUGACGGGGUGGAGGCCUCCAGGAAUGUGCCUGCCAACAUUACCUCCUACAUCAUUGAUGGUCUGCAGGCAGAUUCGGCUUACAGGGUGUCAGUGUCAUCGCUGAGUGGCUCUCGGGAGGGAAGUCCUGCCACCCUGAAAAUCAAGACAGAGUCUGACCAGUUGGUGGUUGGAACAGUGACAUCCCUGCAAGUCCAGGAGUCUCGGGGGGAGGUGGUGAGGGUGACCUGGGUCGGGGUGCAGGGAGCAACGGCCUAUCGUGUGAUUUGGAAGCGGACAGAUGGAGGCGAGGAGAGGAGUCAGGUGGUGGGGGGAGAUGUGACGGCAGUGGAUUUAGACCAGUUGGACCCCGGCGCUCAGUACGAGGUCCAGGUGAUGGCUUUAGUGCAGAACAGAGAGGGGGCUCCCGUGUCUGUCAGAGUCACCACACCCGGGGUCUACCCCCCUACUCCCUCAAAGCCUGGCACCAGACUGCGAGUAGCGGAGAUUACCCAGAAUUCUGUGCUGCUGGGCUGGGCUCCACUGUCCGGUGCCACCGGAUAUAUACUACGCUGGGGAGAAGAGAGAGACACUGGCCGAGGCCAGUCUAUCACACUUCCCCCCUCGUCCAGCUCCUACCGGGUGACGGGGUUGCGUCUGGGCCUCCGCUAUCGUUUCAACCUGCAGCCCACCUUCGACAGUGGGCUGGGAGUGGAGACCGCCGUGGAAGAGCGCACCGUGUGUGUGGGCAGUCGCCUGGACGUGGUGUUUCUUGUCCCGGCCUCUCUGGACCGGACGAGCCUGGCCGAACCUGUGCGCGCCCUCCUAACCAGUGCAGCCGGGUCGCUAACUACUGUUGGACCCCGUGACUCACAGGUGGGAGUUGUAGUUUAUAGCUCCAGACCCAAAGUUUGGUUCCUGCUAAAUCGACAUAGCAAUUCUGCGACACUACUCCAAGAGAUCCAGUCAACUCCCUUCGAUGACAACCCGGGCAAUAACAUAGGCCAGGCACUGACGUUCACCAGACAGUACCUCCUCGCUACCUCGGCUGGACGGAGACCCAGGGUGCCGGGUGCUGUGGUCAUCAUCGCUGACAGCAAGUCUUCUGACAACAUUACUGGCCCAGCCAGUAACAUCAGAGCUUCAGGAGUGACUUUAUUGGCAGUCGGUAUCGGACGGGCGGAUUCUGAGGUGCUGCGCCGGGUGGUCACAGAUGGUAGCACCCAGAACCUGCUGUAUUGCCGUGAUGCUGCACAGCUGGCCUCCGUGCAUGCCGACCUGGCAGACCUGCUGUGUGGCCUCGCCAGGAUCCCAGAGAUAACUCCAGGGCCAGAGUGUCGCGUGCAGUGCCCUCGGGGCGAGAAGGGGGAACAAGGAGAGAAGGGUGAAAGAGGUAGAGACGGUGUAGAUGGACGCAAGGGAGAGCCUGGUCGCGAUGGUUUGGCUGGAAGGGAGGGCCCCAGAGGCCCUGAAGGUCGCCAGGGCCCACCAGGCCGCAGUGAGGGCCCCUCGACAGGGCUCCGAGGAGAGAAGGGGGAGAGGGGUUUUCCUGGUCUGGAUGGGAGCUCAGGUUUGCCAGGACGACCAGGGCCUCCUGGAGCAGGUGGUGUACCAGGUACAGCAGGCCUACCUGGAGUCAGAGGAGACCCGGGUGAACCUGGUGUUACGGGCACACAAGGGCCACAGGGUAGCAAAGGGGAAAAGGGCGAGCCAGGCACAGUUGUACCAGGAGGGGGUCUUCCAGGGAGGAAAGGAGAACCAGGGAUCCCAGGAAUACCGGGUUCCCCAGGUCGGCCAGCUAAUGAUGGGGCCAAAGGGUUACCAGGAGUACCAGGGGCACCCGGACAAGACGGUCGCCCAGGAAUACCAGGAACACCAGGGGUCUCCAUCAAGGGGGAGAAGGGCAGCGUGGGAGAAAGGGGGCCUCCAGGAGUCGGCAGCGGGGUGGCUGUGAAGGGCGACGCGGGCUCCCCGGGUGCUUCAGGAACUCCAGGGCCCCAGGGCCCCAAGGGACUGACUGGACCGCAGGGUGCGAAGGGAGACAAGGGUGCCAGUGCAGAAGGGCUUGCUGGACCUCCUGGGAGAAAAGGGGAUCCUGGGGACCGGGGUCCACGUGGGCCCAUGGGAGAAACUGGCAGCAAGGGUGACCGAGGCCAGCCAGGCGAGACCGGAUCACACGGAGACAGGGGGGAGAGGGGAGUGACCGGUGAAACUGGAGAAAAGGGGGAUGCAGGAAGGCCAGGCCUCCAGGGAGUAUCGGGGUUGAGGGGUUUGCCCGGGCCCAGUGGGCCACCGGGGGAAAAGGGAAGCGAGGGUGCACCAGGGGAACCCGGUAGAAGUGGGCCGGGUCUUCCAGGAAAGAAAGGAGACCAGGGAGAGCGGGGUCUGCCUGGUCCCGAGGGACCCAGGGGAGAGAAGGGUGAGCCGGCGCAGAAAGGUGAUAAGGGUUCAUCAGCGCCAGGAGCCCCAGGCCUGCCUGGACCUAAAGGAGAGUCAGGGGAGCGUGGGCCCCCUGGUAUCAGCGGAAGGCCGGCUGCCAAGGGGGAACCAGGCGAACCGGCUGAGAGGGGGGAAGAUGGACGGCCUGGCAUCCCAGGAAAGAUCGGUAUUCCAGGCAAACAGGGAGAAAAAGGAGACAAGGGGGAUGAAGCCACUCCUGGGGAGCCCGGUCCUCCAGGGAAGGCUGGAGAAAGAGGACUGAGGGGGUUGGCUGGUGUGCCAGGACGGCUAGGGGAGAAAGGAGACUUGGGAGACCCAGGAGAGCAUGGACGUAAUGGCAGCCCAGGACCUCCUGGAGGGAGAGGAGAGAAAGGAGACCAGGGGCCCCAAGGACCCCCAGGACCUCCAGGGAAGGUGACUGGCUUCCAGCCCCAGAAAGAAGACAAAGGGGAGAAGGGUGAUGCUGGGGAUCCAGGAGAGCACGGCAGCAAAGGCCAGAAGGGAGAGGCAGGGACUGCAGGACCCCCGGGGCUGCGAGGUGCCGAGGGGCUACGGGGACCCGCAGGGGCAAGAGGUGACCCAGGAGAAAGAGGGACCCCUGGAGAGAAGGGAGGAAGAGGAGCAUCUGGGUUAGACGGGCGACCUGGUCUAGAUGGUAAACCGGGAGCAACAGGACCGGCUGGCCAGAGGGGAGACCCAGGGAAACAGGGGGAUCCAGGAAGAGAUGGUCUACCAGGACUUAGAGGGGAGCAGAGCCUCCCGGGUCCAAUUGGGCCUCCGGGCAACCCAGGCACACCUGGAAAAACAGGUGAAGAAGGCAAAGCCGGGGCUCCUGGAAAAAUGGGGGAGGACGGCGUCCCCGGGGAAGACGGCAGAAAGGGUGACAAAGGAGAAGCAGGAUCUCCUGGAAGAGAUGGCCGAGACGGACAGAAAGGAGACCGGGGCCUUGCUGGGUCUGUGGGGCCAGCUGGCCCAGCUGGACCCCCAGGAGUCCCUGGCAACAUCGGUCCCCCUGGACAGGUUGUAUAUGUAAAGGGAGCUGAAGCUGCACCAAUCCCUGGCCCCCAGGGGCCUCCUGGAACCCCGGGUGUACCAGGGAUCCCAGGAGCGGCGGGAGCUAGAGGGGAGAGAGGCCCGCCCGGCCUCAAAGGUGAAACGGGUGAUCCAGGAGAGGACGGGGCACCUGGGAAACCUGGAACAGCGGUGGAUGUGCAGAAAGCUCUGGCCACCAUGGGAAUCCUGGUGUCUGAUCUCAAGGUCAUUGUGGAUAAGAAGGAUUUGCCGGUGAGGGUGCAGAAGACAGAAAGAGGUGAAAAGGGAGACAAAGGUGAACAUGGACAGAGAGGACUACCUGGAGCAGAUGGUGCUCGUGGGUUUGCCGGAGAGCGAGGCCCCAAGGGAGAACAGGGAGAACGGGGACCUGUAGGGGCAACCGGGCCUCCUGGAAGGGCCAUUGGAGAACGAGGACCAGAGGGGCCUCCGGGGCAGGCGGGAGAGCCAGGCAAACCUGGAAUACCAGGCGUUCCUGGGAGAGCUGGGGAGCUCGGAGAGGCCGGUCGACCAGGAGAUAAGGGGGAGAGAGGAGAGGAGGGGCACAAGGGAGAAACCGGCAAAGCGGGCCUGACAGGACCAGCUGGCCCUCCGGGUCCAAAGGGAGCAUCGGCUGAGUCAGUUUUAACUGGUGCCCCAGGACCCAGGGGCUUUCCUGGACUUGAGGGCCAAAAAGGAGAGCCAGGUGCCCCUGGAGCCUUGGGAAUCAAGGGAGACCGGGGCUUUGCAGGGCUCCGUGGUGAGAAAGGAGACCGGGGAGCGUCUGGAGAUAAAGGACGUGACGGUUUGCAGGGAGUCGCAGGAGAACCAAGUAAACCUGGUGUGGAUGGGAAACCGGGUCCAUCAGGGCCAGCUGGUCCUCGAGGCCAACCAGGGAAUCCAGGAGAGCCUGGUAUUCGAGGGCCAACUGGCCCCAUGGGGCCAAAUGGGCUUCCAGGUCCACCUGGCGUGAAGGGCAAUCAAGGAGAACCAGGAGUUGGUGUCCGGGGUCUCCCCGGGGCCCAAGGCAGUACAGGCCUGCCUGGACCCCCGGGCCCCCCCGGAGCUGUAGGACCCCAGGGCCCUCCAGGGCUGCCAGGGCAAGUGGGUGAAGGAGGCAAACCUGGCGUCCCGGGGAGAGAUGGGGUGCCUGGCAAAGAAGGAAUACCUGGAUUAUCAGGAAAACAGGGUAUUGUUGGACCUCCUGGCCAGCACGGCCUAAAGGGAGAACAGGGAGACAGCGGUCCUCCAGGGAAGUCUGUGGCGGGACCCCCUGGAGUCAAAGGAGAGAGGGGUCUUCCUGGACAGAUACUGCCAGGGGUGGCAGGAGAGCGAGGUCUACCUGGCGUUAAGGGUGAGAGAGGCGACAAAGGUCCUGCUGGCAUUAAAGGAGAAAGGGGUAUUCCCGGUGAAAAUGGGGAACCUGGACAAGAUGGUGCAAGAGGAUCACUGGGGCCCAGAGGAGAUAAGGGAGAGAACGGCAUAGGAGUGGCAGGUCCUCCUGGUCGGGUUGGGCCUCAGGGCUUGAAGGGAGACCCAGGGCUGCCUGGUCCAGCUGGUCCUCCAGGACCUCAGGGUGUAGCGGGCACUGCUGGCUUGGCUGGCCUGAGGGGAGAAGUCGGACAGCCUGGACCUCCUGGACCACUGGGAGAAAGGGGUGUCCAGGGUUUUCCAGGCCGAGCAGGCAACCCUGGUGCUCCGGGUUCUCCUGGUCCUCCUGGUCAAGCAGGUUCUAUCGGUAUUGAUGGGGUCAAGGGGGACAAGGGGGAGGUUGGGCUGGGAGUGCCAGGCUCCAGAGGAGAGAGAGGCGAUCCGGGGUCGAGAGGUGAGGAAGGUCGUGCUGGGUUGGACGGAGAGCGAGGACCCACAGGGACCCCCGGCAGCCGCGGCGAGCGGGGAGAGAAGGGAGAAGUGGGGCCGCAAGGUGGCAAGGGAGAAAAGGGCGACACUCUGCUGGUGGGAGGACCUCCCGGAGAAAAAGGCAACAAAGGAGAAACUGGAGACAGGGGACCCAAAGGCGUGCAGGGAGAAAAGGGGGCCAAGGGCCAGGAGGGCCCUCCAGGGGAGCAGGGUCUAAGGGGGGAGCCUGGAGAGAGGGGAUCCACUGGAUUCCAGGGAGCUCGUGGUCCUGGUGGGCAGAAGGGAGAGGCGGGACAGCCCGGAGUGCCUGGCGAAUCAGGUUUACCGGGAAAAGACGGCCUGCCGGGGCUUACCGGGGGAAAGGGAGAGAUCGGUGUCAUUGGAAUGCGAGGAACCAAGGGCGACCGAGGACCCAAGGGGGCUUGCGGAGCGGAUGGACCCAAGGGAGAGAAGGGUGACGCUGGGAUCCACGGGCGGUCAGGCCUACCGGGAAGGAAAGGAGAGCAGGGGGAUGUCGGUCCUUCAGGGGCCACCGGGACCCCAGGGAAGGAGGGACUUAUCGGCCCCAAGGGCGAUCGUGGGUUCGAUGGAGUUGAGGGACCCAAAGGCGCAAUGGGAGAGAAGGGUGAAAGGGGACCCCCCGGUAUACCUGGACCCCCCGGCCCCAGAGGAGUCGACGGGGUCUCCGGCCUGACUGGCCCUCAGGGACCAGCUGGUGCCAAAGGACCUGAAGGGCUCCAGGGACAGAAGGGAGAAAGAGGGCCAGCUGGUCCCGCCAUGGUGGGCCCUCGUGGUAUUCCUGGGAUACCAGGGGAGCGAGGAGAACAGGGAGAAAUGGGCCCAGAUGGCGCCAAGGGAGAAAGAGGAGAGCCAGGCAUGAUGGAGGAUGAGGUCAGAGAAUAUGUUCGCACGGAGAUGAGUCAGCACUGUGGUUUUAGCUCAGACCUUCGGCCCCGUCCCGCGGGCAGGUCUCGGCCUACACCAGAGCGCCCGCUGGCCCGGAAGGUCGAGGAGGGACGUGAGCUGCGCGUGGUCGUGAACACACACGACCCCGACUAUGAGCACAUAUACUCCAUCGAGACAUACGAUGAGCCACUAGAGGAGCUGGGCCACCAUGGUGCACCUGUUAGCCAGAGGGACGGUGAGGCUGUGAAAGUUGAACCCCAGAAAACAAUCAAAGAUGAACCAGAGAUAUCAGCCAGAGUUGUUCCAGAUAAGUCAGCCAGAUCUGAGGCAGUGAAGUGGGCCAGAGCUGGUGUUCAGACAGCAGCUACAGCUGGUGCUCUGAAGCCAGCCAGAGUUAACCCUCUGAGAACAGCCAAGCCCAAGGCAGCCAGGCCCAAGAGGGAUAUCGAGGGGGAAGCUCCAGUAGACCCAUGUGGGUUGCCCAUGGACGAGGGAAGCUGUGGUCGGUACACGCUGCGUUGGUACUUUAACAGCCAGGUUCGGGCUUGCCGGCCAUUCAUCUACAGCGGCUGCGAAGGCAACGCCAACCGCUUCCUCCAACCGGAGGAGUGUGAGGAGCUCUGCCUCGGGGAAACCACAGGUGCUGAUCCCAUAAAGGAAGGACGAUGAUGAAUACCAAGCUUCGGCCUCUUCUUCUUUAGCCUCAUGAAUGUUAGCUGACCCUCUAAAUCGCCGACCGUUCAUUACACGGAGACGACCCAGUAAUACGCGCAAGGCUCAGCGUUUUCGGUUUUUACCGAUUUUCCCUGAACAAUACUCAGGUUUUUCACCCGGAUUUUAUGUUUCCACGGAUCCAAAAGUUGUUCCUGUUUGUGUGAGGUUACGCAACAGUGUCCUCUAGUGGCGAAAUUCGGCACGCUGGAUGGCUUUGAAAAAUAA